UAUUUUAUAUGUAAUAAAAGUUUUGUAUUAAUAAUCUUCUCUUCUUCUUCUUCAUGGUUUAUUGCUGACACCUUGACCUCUUCUUGGCCAACCUCUCCAAUGGCUCUUUCUCUCUCUAACUCGGCCAUUCUCUUCACAAAAUCCCCAAAAGCUUUCAAUAAUAUUAUUAUCAACCCACCUCAAACUCAUUAUCUAACAUCAUUAUUUCCGCGCCAAAAAUCUCAAUCUCGAUCAGAGUUACGAGUCCUUUACAGAACCGAUCACUCGUUAACAAAACUAGAAGAAGAAGAAGUACAAGCGGUAGACCGGCAGUCGGAACGGCGCCGUUUGGCCGACGUGUGGAGCGAGAUCCACGGCCAGGACGAGUGGGUGGGCCUACUGGACCCAAUGGACCCACUCCUCCGCUCCGAGCUUAUCCGGUACGGCGAGAUGGCCCAGGCCUGCUACGACGCCUUCGACUUCGACCCAUUCUCCAAGUACUGCGGUAGCUGCCGGUUCAUCCGCCGCAAGUUCUUCGAGUCCCUCGAGAUGAGCUCCACCCACCAAAACUACGACGUUUCCCGCUACCUCUACGCGACCUCCAACAUCAACCUCGCCAACUUCUUCAAGAAGUCCCGCUGGCCAAAAGUCUGGAGCAAGAACGCCAACUGGAUCGGAUACGUCGCCGUUUCGAGCGACGAAGCUUCUAGAACUUUGGGCCGCCGAGACAUCACCGUCGCCUGGAGAGGAACCGUCACCCACCUGGAAUGGAUCUCCGACUUAAUGGACUUCCUCAGGCCCAUAUCCGCCAACAGAAUCCCCUGCCCCGAUUCGAACGUCAAAGCCGAAUCCGGGUUUCUCGAUCUCUACACCAACAAAGACGAAACCUGCCGGUUCUGCAAAUACUCGGCGAGGGAACAGAUCCUCACGGAGGUGAAGCGGUUGAUGGAGAUUUACUCCGGAGAGGAAUUGAGCAUCACGAUAACCGGGCACAGUCUCGGAGCAGCGCUGGCGAUUCUGAGCGCGUACGACAUCGCGGAGACGGGACUGAACGUGGCGGCGGACGGGCGGGUCGUUCCGGUUUCGGUUUUCUCGUUUUCGGGUCCUCGGGUCGGGAAUUCGCGGUUUAAAGAGAGGUUGGAGUGGCUGGGGGUGAAGGUUCUGAGAGUGGUGAACGCUCACGAUGUGGUGCCGAAGUCGCCGGGGCUGGUUUUCAACGAGUGCGCGCCGGCGAUGCUGAUGAAGAUGGCGGAGGGAUUGCCGUGGAGUUAUUCGCACGUGGGAGUGGGGCUGGAGUUGGAUCACUGUAACUCGCCGUUCUUGAAGCCCACGAAGGACCUUGUUUGUACGCAUAAUUUGGAGGCUCUCUUACACUUGCUUGACGGUUACCACGGAAAAGGACAUAGAUUUGUGCUGGCAAGUGGAAGAGACCCAGCCCUAGUGAACAAAGCCUCUGAUUUCUUGAAAGAGCAUUACUUGGUCCCACCUUACUGGAGGCAAAACGAGAAUAAGGGUAUGGUGAGACACAAGGAUGGCCGUUGGAUUCAGCCCGAACGUCCCAAACUCGAUGAUCAUCCUGAUGAUAUUCACCGACAUCUCAAGCAAAUUGGCCUUGCUUCUGAUCACGACCACGCAUGAUUAAUUAAUUUGUCACACCAAAUAAUUAACAACCUCCUAAUUAUCAUUUGGUUGUUUUUCUCCACGCAUGUAAUAUAUGUUCUGUAAAUCUCUACGUACUUAUAAUAUCUAAUAAGAUAAAGCGUUUAUACGAGGA